CGAACACAGAUCUCGCCACCGCCGGAACUCCGCAUCGCCCAUAGACCCCCGGAGACGCGCGUAUCGCGCGGCCGGGAGCACGGGCGUUUCCAUCGCGCGGGAUACGCGCCGCGAUGGAGUUCGCGGAGCCCUCCGGGUCGUCGAGACCGCUGGGCUACGGCGAGGCUCAAAGCGGCCCAGCGGAGCCCUUCUUUCAAGCUCCCAUCGGCGUCGAGGACCCGUCACUCUUCGACGAUGACGACGACGACGAUGAUGAGGAUGAGGACGAUGAGGGCGAUGACGAGGAUGAAAACAGCGCCUCCCUGCGCGACGUCGUCGCGGGCUUCUUGAACGGGAAUGGGGCUACUUAUCAGGAAGACACGCGAGAGAUCAGGCACCUUUUACCUUGGGUGGAACUGGUUUGCGCUCCAAAGGUUAGCGUCAAUGUGAAGAAGCGUUAUCUUGAGGAGCUGAGCUAUGCUUUGAGACCACAGGAGCUAAAGCCGCAGGCACGAGAGAUGUUCGUGCGCCAGGGCAUGUCGCGAGGAGUGGUCACCGAAGCAGUUCGGCUCAUCGAGACGGCGCCUUCCGCCGUGGCCGCGGCCGCCACCAACUUCCUCGGGGACUUUGCGUUCAAUUCCGACAUGGGCUCCAGGGAGGUCCUCAAGGUCUUCGAUCGCAUUGCGGAUCGCUUUCAGCUCCUCUUCGCCUCCUCUUCGGACAAGGUGUCUUUGAUGAUCUCAGAGGAUUGGCUCCUACAGGCAGCGAUCCUCCUGUGCGUGAACAUCGCGGCCACCUGUCCUGCAGGGCACAUGAAACUCGUGCGCUUGGUGCAGCCAGUUUGCCUGAAAAUCCUCCAAAGCCCACAGGUGGGCGACAAGCUUCGCGGGAACACCAUUCUGUUGCUGGCGAAUCUCUCCAUGACGGUGCUCAACCAGCUCCGGGAGUUACAAGUGGCCAAGGUGUUGCUUCAGCUCGUGGAGAACCGAAGCAUCUCCGAGCAAGGAAAAAGCGUCGCGGAGUCCGUGAUCAUCUUCUUGCACGGUGAGGAACAAUGCCCACAGGUGGACUUGUUAAUGGAGAGGUCCGUGGUGUCCAAUUAUUGCAUUCCCAUCAUGGCCCACACGCUGAAGGGCACGGAGUUUCGUGGCAUGUUCCCGCACCUUCUCUACAGCGCAAAGCUGUUUCAGGUCCUGUCAAGGUGCCGAGUCUAUGCCGAAAAGCUGCUGAAAGAGCAGGACAGGGUGGUUCCAUUGCUGCUGAGAGCGGUGAAUCCCAAUGGACCGCCACCCCGCGUUGAAACCGACUAUGAAGGCCGCCGCCUUGUGCUGGAGGCUUUAUGGUCACUGGCAAAGUUUAAGUUAUGGCCCGCCGAGAAAGACGAGGAAAGUCGAAGGUUCAUUGAGAAGGGCCUGGCACAGUUGAAGGAAGACCGGCAAGUGGGCAUUCGGGCAGCGGCCGCAGGCAUUGACGCGCAGCUCCACAGCGAGUUGGUCUUGGAGAUGCUGACUGUGGGCAAGCGCCUGGAGGCGGAUGGAUGGCUUCCACCAUCGUUCUGGAAGUAUCGCAUCGCAUCCCAGCUCUAUCCCUUUCUCAGCUCCUGAGAGGUAGGGGUUGCCCGUUGCUCGCAUGAAACCGGCUCCCAGAGUGGUCCGGAUGGC